GGGCUCCGUCGGGCGGCCGCGGCCAUGACGCAGGGUCCGGGCGGGCGCGCGCCCCCAGCGCCCCCGGCGCCCCCCGAGCCCGAGGCGCCCACCACCUUCUGCGCGCUGCUGCCCCGGAUGCCGCAGUGGAAGUUCGCGGCCCCGGGCGGCUUCCUGGGCCGCAGCCCGGCGGCGGCGCGAGCGGCUGGGGCGGCCUCGGGGGGCGCGGACCCCCAGCCGGAGCCCGCAGGCCCGGGGGGCGUCCCGGCGCUGGCGGCCGCCGUCCUGGGCGCCUGCGAGCCCCGCUGCGCCGCGCCCUGUCCCCUGCCCGCGCUCAGCCGCUGUCGGGGGGGCGCGGGGGCGCGGGGGCCGCGGGGCGCGCGGGGGGCGGCCGGGCCCGGGGACAACGUCGCGGCGGAGUGGAUCCGGAAGGGCAGCUUCAUCCACAAGCCCGCGCACGGCUGGCUGCACCCCGACGCCAGGGUCCUGGGGCCCGGGGUCUCCUACGUCGUGCGGUACAUGGGCUGCAUCGAGGUCCUCCGCUCCAUGCGCUCCCUGGACUUCAGUACGCGCACCCAGGUGACCAGGGAAGCCAUCAACCGUCUCCAUGAGGCUGUGCCUGGCGUCCGGGGAUCCUGGAAGAGAAAGGCCCCCAACAAGGCGCUGGCAUCCGUCCUGGGCAAGAGCAACCUUCGAUUUGCCGGCAUGAGCAUCUCCAUCCACAUCUCCACUGACGGUCUCAGCCUCUCUGUGCCUGCCACGCGCCAGGUCAUCGCCACCCACCACAUGCCAUCCAUCUCCUUCGCAUCAGGCGGAGACACGGACAUGACGGAUUACGUGGCCUACGUCGCCAAGGACCCCAUCAACCAGAGAGCCUGCCACAUCCUGGAGUGCUGCGAGGGCCUGGCGCAGAGUGUCAUCAGUACCGUGGGCCAAGCUUUUGAGCUGCGCUUCAAGCAGUACCUACACAGCCCGCCUAAGGUGGCCCUGCCCCCGGAAAGGCUGGCGGGACUGGAGGAGUCGGCCUGGGGGGACGAGGAGGAAGCCGCGGAGCACAAUUACUACAACAGCAUUCCUGGGAAGGAGCCGCCGCCGGGCGGGCUGGUGGAUUCCAGGCUGGCACUGACACAGCCCUGCGCCCUCGCCACCCUCGGCCAGGGCCCAUCUCCUGCUCGAAGAGACGCCCGCAGCUUGCCGUGGGACAUGGGGCACACGGGUGCAGCUCCGCCGGGGGACGGCUAUGUGCAGGCGGACGCCCGGGGCCCCCCGGACCCCGAGGAGCACCUGUACGUCAACACCCAGGGUCUGGACGCCCCUGAGCCGGACGACACGGCGCCCCUGCAGCCCAAGGACAGCCCCAAGAAGGAUCUGUUUGAUAUGCGACCCUUUGAGGAUGCCUUGAAGCUGCAUGAGUGCUCAGUGGCCACGGGUACAGCAGCCCCCCUUCCCUUGGAGGACCAGUGGCCCAGCCCCCCAACCCGCCGGGCCCCAGUGGCCCCUACAGAGGAGCAGCUGCGGCAGGAGCCCUGGUACCACGGCCGGAUGAGCCGCCGGGCGGCAGAGAGGCUGCUUCGUGCGGACGGGGACUUCCUGGUGCGGGACAGCGUCACCAACCCCGGGCAGUAUGUCCUCACUGGCAUGCACGCGGGGCGGCCCAAGCACCUGCUGCUGGUGGACCCUGAGGGCGCGGUGCGGACGAAGGACGUGCUGUUUGAGAGCAUCAGCCACCUGAUCGACCACCACCUGCAGAACGGGCAGCCCAUCGUGGCGGCGGAAAGCGAGCUGCACCUGCGCGGCGUGGUCUCCCGGGAGCCCUGAGCCACGUGCGUGGCCGCCACGGCCGCCGGCCUCGUCCUAUUUGCCAGGUGCCCGUCCUCAUGGCCUUGGGGCUCUCAGCCCUCCUCCUGGAUCCUGGUCAGGCGGGAGCCUCUCCUUUCUCCGCAUGAGCCUUAGGCAUGGUCCCUCCUCCAGCCGCCCCGGGCUGGGCAGAGCUUCCUGACGGCCGGGGCCCCUGCCCACCCCUCCCUCCGCCUGGAGUAAGGUGUUCAUACCAAAGACGGAACCUUUUCUCGCCUUUAAAGAAAACGUCUCCUGAAGCGGCCGCUGCCUUAGGCCCGUGGGGGCCCCUCUGGCCAGGCGGGUUCGGUCUAGCGCCCGGAGCAAGGGGCUACCAGGACCCCGGGGAGGAGGCGGGCUCCGGGCCUGGCUGGGCUUACUUUUCCCGCCCGAGGAACUGGGCGCACAGUUGUCUUUGAGGGGGGACAAUUAAGGUGCUUUGGGGUUCUCAGGCCGGGACACAGGCUGACGUUGAAGUGGGGGCAGCCUUGCAGUCACCUGGGAUGACGGGGGCAGCCAGGCCACUCCAAGAUGGUUGAUAUGGGGCAGCCGUGAGGUCCCUGCCCCACCUGGGAGCAGGAGGAAGGACGUGGCUGCCUGGCCUGGGCGGUGCCUACCAGUUUCCCCCACCUGCCUUCCCAGCGGUGGACCGAGACUGGACAUUUGCAACCUGGGAGUGACCACAGGAGCACGAGCUCACCUGCCCUCCCGGGGGUCCCUGCGGGGCUGAGGCUGGGAGGCUCCUCCCAGGUGCACAGCGGUUGGGAAGGCUCACAGGGACCAUGUCUGGCCUCCCUGGGGGCCUGGACUUGGGGAGAAGGGAGGUGACGCCAUGCGUGUGCUCAUGCCUGGCAGGUUGUGGGGUGACCCAUCUGCCCAGCAGCCCCGUCUCCUCUUUCCGUUACCUCUGUUUUAUCCAGGAUAAAACACACUUCAACUUCUCCAUUAAACACCUCUCCCACCUC